AACAGACUGAAAGCUACAUUAAACAAACCAAUUUUUAUAGGUAUGUCAAUAUUGGACAUAUCUAAAACUUAUAUAUAUGAUUUUAAUUACAAUUACAUAAAACACAAAUUCAAAGAUGAUUCAAAAUUGCUAUAUACUGAUACAGAUAGCUUAAUAUAUCAGUUUUCAAAUAUUGAUGACAUUUACGAACACAUCAAAAAAGACAUUGAUAGGUUUGAUACAUCCGAUUAUCCAGAAAAUAACGCUUUUAGAAUUCCAUUGAAAAAUAAAAAAGUCUUAGGUUUAAUGAAGGAUGAAAAUCAAGGUCGAAUAAUGACACAUUUUAUUGGGUUGUGUUCAAAAAUGUAUGCUUUGAGACUUCUACCUGAGCCAGGUGAAAAAAAAGACUCGCAUGUUAUUAAAAAAGCUAAAGGAAUUCAGAAGUCAGCUCUGAAGGAAAUAACGUUUGAUGAUUACCAUAAAUGUUUAUUCCAAAAUACUCAAGUAGCUUUAACCCAACAGUCCAUAAUUUCGAAAUUGCAUGAUGUAUUCACAAUUUCCCAACAAAAAAUUGCAUUGAGUCCAUAUGACGAUAAAAGAAUUGUCAACUAUAUUUAUACAGACACGAAACCAUGGGAAUAUCAUGAUUACUUUUAAUUUCACUACAUUUCAUUAUCUCUUUGUCUGUUUUUGUCCAUAGAAUUAAUCUACAACCACGUUAACUUUAGCCACACACAAUAAAAUAGAAUCGGUGGCAAAGCAUUCAAUAGGACAAACGGCAUCAGAUCAGCAACAACAACAACAACUACUACAUCAAUACAAACAAGUGGAGCUGUAUUGCGACGAGGAACUGUAUUGCGACGAGGAAAUGCCCAAGUCCUAAACCAACAACAACAAAGGACGACUAGAAAGGAUGUCUGAUGAGCGGUGGCGGCAAGAGAGCGGAUGGAUUCCUGGCAAAUCUUUUUAUUCGAGAAAAGGACCCCAAAGAAAGAGAAGUUGGACAUACGCUAUAGCACACGUCAUCGAGGUAACCAGAUGUGGUGUAUGUGGAAAAAUUAUACAUGAACGAUCAGCGACCGCCGUAAAUGGCUGGGAACCACAGAAUGUAUUUGUCAGAUUUUGUCCUGUAUGCUUUCAAGCGAGACCCGGCAUCCAAGAAAAAAGAACAGAUUGGGUAAAAUAUUAAAACAAUAAAUACGUCUUCAAAAAAAAUA